CAUGGCGGAGGGCGCGGCGCUGCGGGCCGUCAGGGGCUGCCUGGCCGCCUUCCCGAGGGAGGCCCGCGAGCUGGGCUGGCCGGAGUCCGUACCCUAUCUUGACAGGGCUCCGUCCCCGCUGGAGUUUUAUCGAGAGUGGGUGAGUCCAAAUAAACCCUGUAUAAUUCGCAACGCCAUCAGCCACUGGCCGGCCCUGAAGAAAUGGACCUCAGCGUACCUCAGGGAGGUGGUAGGUCACAAGGUGGUGAGUGUGGCAGUGACACCAAAUGGUUAUGCAGAUGCAGUGUUUCAGGACCGUUUUGUCAUGCCAGAGGAGCACCAAAUGCCUUUCAUGGACUUUUUGGACAUUGUGGAGAAGAAAGUGACCUCUCCCAACGUAUUCUAUGUGCAGAAGCAGUGUUCAAACCUCACUGAGGAGUUCCCCGAACUUGUCUGUGAUGUGCAGCCUGACAUACCAUGGAUGAGUGAGGCACUGGGGAAGAAGCCUGAUGCUGUGAAUUUCUGGCUUGGGGAGUCAGCUGCUGUGACAUCUUUACAUAAAGAUCAUUAUGAGAACUUGUACUGUGUGGUAUCUGGAGAGAAAUAUUUUCUACUGCAUCCACCGAGUGACCGUCCCUUCAUCCCCUAUGAGCUCUAUCAGCCAGCAACCUACCACGUAUCAGAAGAUGGUUCAUUUGAAAUUGUGGAUGAGAAGACUGCAGAGAAGGUGCCCUGGAUCCCUCUGGACCCCUUGAACCCAGAUCUAGAACUGUAUCCAGAGUAUGCUCAGGCAAAACCUUUGCAGUGUACAGUGAAGGCUGGUGAGAUGUUAUAUCUGCCUUCUCUCUGGUUCCAUCAUGUUCAGCAGUCACAUGGCUGUAUUGCAGUGAAUUAUUGGUAUGACAUGGAAUAUGACAUUAAGUACAGCUAUUAUCAACUACUAGAUUGUCUCACAAAAACUGUGAAAAUAUUUUGCUGCUUGGUGCAUGUCUCGCUCUGUGAUCGAAAGCAAAAGCACUUGUCCUUCGCCAAGGACAAGUGCCAGCCUGUGCCCGUGCAAAGGGCCGGCGCCACCGUGCCCCCCGAGGCGGAGAAGAAGGGCCGCAGCUCUCCGCCCCGCCGAGCUGGCAUGGCGGCGCGGGUGUCCGUCCUGCCUUCCCGCAGGUGCCUGUUCGAUGACCCUGUGCAGAUCCGUGUGGCCGGUCUGCAGCCGCGGCAGGCGGUCACCCUCCGAGCCAGCCUGGUGGACGAGACCGGGGAGCUUUUCCAAGCCCACGCUCUCUACAGGGCUGGGAGCAGCGGGGAGCUGGACCUCAGCCGCUCCCCAGCGCUGGGGGGCAGCUAUUUGGGAGUGGAGCCGAUGGGGCUGCUCUGGACUCUGCAGUCCAAAACGCCCUAUAAGCGGCUGGCAAAGAGGAACGUGCUGACCCCUUUCUGUGUGGACUUGGAAGUGUUUGAGGGCCAUGGGGACAUGAGCCGCUUGCUGGGUAAAUGCACCAAUGAACGAUGGUUUCUAGCAGAAGGGGUGAAGAGGAUUUCGGUCAGAGAAGGUCGUCUCAGAGCAACCCUCUUCCUCCCUCCUGGACCUGGCCCAUUCCCUGGACUUAUUGAUUUGUAUGGAUCUGGAGGAGGUCUUAUUGAAUACAGAGCAAGUCUCUUGGCUAGCAGAGGCUUCGUGACUCUGGCUCUUGCUUACGUGUCCUUUGAAGAUAUCCCUGCUCUGCCAGAGAUUCUUGAACUGAGCUAUUUUGAGGAGGCUGUGAACUUUUUGCAGAAGCAGAAGCAGGUGAAAGAUACUGGGAUUGGUGUUUUGGGCUUGUCUAAAGGAGGUGAGCUAGCCCUUUCCAUGGCCACAUUUCUACCUGGCAUCAAGGCAGCUGUCAGCAUAUCUGGAAGUAGUUUUAAUUCCUUCGUUCCCCUGAAGGGGGAUGGCUUCACUAUUCCUGUCCACCCGUAUGACUUGAGGAGGAUGAAACUCAAUGAUGAGUCUGGAGCUGUAGAUUUUUUAGAUGUCGUAGACGAUCACACAGACCCAGCAACUUGGGAUUGUCGCAUUCCUGUGGAGAGGUCCUCAGCCAAGUUCCUCUUCCUGUCUGGUCUGGAUGACUUGAACUGGAAAAGUGACCUCUAUUGCCGGGAUGCUGUUGAGCGCCUUCAGCAGCACGGCCGGGAAGUGGAGUUUUACUCCUAUUCUGGAGCAGGCCACCUCUUGGAGCCGCCGUACUUGCCCCUGUGUAAAGUUUCCAUCCACAGGGUGCUUGGGAUGAUGAAACAGAAAGGAAAUGCUGCUAUGAAGUUUUGCCCCAUCCACAUGCUUUCUGUAAGAAUCAUACAAGCUAAGAACAUCAAGUCAAGAGACCUGUGGACAGUUCCACUUUCGUGCCAAAACCUUGCGGGGCAUUGUUAUUCACUGCUUGAUACCAGUCUGAAGUAUUUAGGCAUCUCGGGCUGCAGUAGAAAUCUUCCAUCAAGUCCCGACUCCAGCUCUGAAAGACAUCACCUUGGAGAUUUCCUUUCACACCGUUGUCAAGCUUCACAAAUGACUGCAUCAGACUGCUAUGUACGCUUGUGGCUGCCGUCUGCUUCACCUGGAAAGCUUCAGACCAAAACCAUCAAGAAUUCUGACAACCCUGUCUGGAACGAAACUUUCUACUUUAGGAUCCAGAGAGAAGUUGAGAAUAUUUUGGAAUUGGCAGUGUGUGAUGAAGAUCCAUUCACCAAAGAUGACAUGCAGUUCACAGUUCUUUUUAAUGUUGCCAGAAUCAGACCUGGGGAGAAAAUCCGGGAGACAUUUGCUUUGAAAUCAGAGACAGAGAGUUGCUCUAAGAAAUGGGAAAGUUUGGAAGUGGAAUUCUGGAUGGAAAGAGUUCCUGGCCCUCCAGAGCGUCUCAUUACCAAUGAUGUUCUAGUGUCCCGUGAGGUCUGCUGCUUGGAAGUGCAUGUGGACAUUAAUGAGAGCAGGAAAUACUUGAAAGAGGGUAAAAAUCUCGUGCUUACGGUGCCUGCAUCUCAUGAGAGAACACAGAAGACGACAGAGGACACCGAUACUUUCUACUUCCACUGCGUCAAGGCUUGGGAGCCAGUUCUAAAAGUCAGGCUGCAGAAAGUUUCUGAUAAGGAAGAUGACAACAGCAAUUUAAGUGACACCUUAACGGUACCACUGAAAUUUCUCCCUGUUGGACAUAAAGUGAAAGUAACCCUUCCCGUAAGACACAAUGUGCCACUACAGUUGUACCUCCAACUAAAUGAUUGCACAGAAAAAUUAGAUGUGCGCUUAGGGUAUGAUCUGUGCCAAGGAGAACUAGAGUUCCUGCAUAAGAGGAAGAGAGUUGUUGCUGGUGCCUUGAAAAGGGUUCUUCGCCUGGAAAGAGAUCUACUCGGACAUGAGGUCCCAGUAAUAGCUGUUAUGGCAACAGGCGGAGGUCUCAGAGCAAUGUCAGCUAUGUUUGGCCACCUCUUAGCUCUUCAGAAGCUAAAUCUGUUGGACUGUGUCACCUAUCUCACUGGGGCUUCUGGCUCAACAUGGACCUUAGCAGACCUGUAUGAGCAUGCUGACUGGUCACAGAAGUCUCUGGAGGGGCCACUUAAAGCAGUAAAAGAACAAGUGACAAAGUGCAAACUCAACCUUAUGUCUGUAGACCAUCUGAAGUAUUAUCACAAGGAACUUGCUGAAAGGGCAAAAGCAGGACAUGUGCCAUCUUUUACAACUCUGUGGUCACUUGUUCAGGAGAUGUUCUUACAUGAACGGCCAAGAAAAUACAAACUCACAGACCAGCGCAAGGCAUUGGAGCAUGGACAAAACCCACUGCCUUUCUACGCAGUCCUCAAUGUGAAAGAGGAGAAGUUUGGUACUUUCAAAUUUAGAGAGUGGGCAGAUUUCUCUCCUUAUGAAGUGGCCAUACCAAAAUAUGGAGCCUCCAUUCCUUCAGAAUAUUUUGACAGCGAGUUCUUCAUGGGAAGGCGAGUGAAGAAGCUGCCAGAAUCUCGGAUCUGCUAUCUGGAAGGUCUUUGGACAAACAUCUUUGCUAGGAAUUUGCUGGAUGGCUUGUACUGGUCCUCAAAUUCAAAUGAAUUCUGGGAGCGAUGGUCCCAAGAUAUGGUAGAUAUAGAAAAACAUUCUCCUGAGGAAGAUGUUACUGUUAUCGAGCCUCCAUCUUGUUUGUCAGGAAAGUUGUAUGAAAUGUUUCAGGACAUUAUGGCCAAGCGUCCACUGCUGGGAAAGUCACAUAACUUCCUGAGAGGCUUAGAGUUUCAUAAGGAUUAUAUCCAUCAGAAAAAAUUUAUUGAAUGGAAAGUGUGCCUGGGAGAGUGUGGAAACAGGCCAGACACUGUACUGGACGGUUUCCCUAACAAUCUGACUCCGCUGCAGAAAUAUCUUUGUCUGAUAGAUGUUGGCUAUUUCAUCAACACCAGUGGCGCAGCACUUUUCAAGCCUGAGAGGAAUGUAGAUGUCAUUAUAUCCCUUGAUUAUGGCUUGGGGAAUGUGUUCAAGCAAUUAGAGAUGACGUACAAAUACUGCAAGAUACAAAAAAUCCCAUUCCCCAAAGUGGAGCUAAGUCCAGAAGAAGAGAAGAACCCAAAGGAAUGUUACAUAUUUGCGGAUGCAGAGGACCCCAGAGCACCUAUAGUAAUCCAUUUUCCCUUGGUGAAUGACACCUUUAAGGAAUUCAAGGAGCCAGGAGUAAAGCGUGAUCACUCGGAGAUGGAAGAAGGCAAAGUAAAUCUGGAGAACAACUGCUCACCAUACUACCUCAUAAGGCUAAUCUACUCCUCUGAAAAUUUUGAUAAACUUGUGAACCUGAGCAAAUACAACAUCCUCAAUAACAAAGACCUGCUCCUCCAGGCAAUCAGAAGUGCUGUAGAACGAAGGAGAAGAAGAAGGACUGGGAAUUUCUCCAGCUACUCUGGAUACCCCUAGGCUGGGUUUUUGCGCUGUUCCCCACUGGAGGCUAUGGCAGCACAUUGCAACACAUCACAGUCACAUUACAAUACAUCACAGUGUUCAUUUUUAGCAGAAAACUGAGGAAAUUGUACAUUUCUCACCUUGCCGUGUUCAAGCUCCUGGCUUUCAAAAGGGUUUAUUUUAUCUCCCUCCUCCACAUUUUCAGCCCACUAGAGCCUCACAAUGUGGUCUUACUUGUUUAGAAAUUAGGGUCCUGGUUAGCAGAGACCUCCCAGGCUCCUCCUUUAUGUUACAGUGUAUGGUGAUGGUGAUAGUUCUUUGUAUGAGCCUGUCCUUUCAACCCUGAGCCCAUUGUCAGUGUCCUUUCAGUACUUCACUACAGAUCAAGUCCUGGCCAUUUGCAUUCAGUGAUGUCCAGAUUUUCAGAUGGGCUGAGCAACAAGAAUUUGCACUGAAUUGGUGGGCUCAGCUUUGAAGUCAGGCAUAUAUAUGUGAACAGCAGCCAAACUGCAGUGCGGGCAAUUGCACUCUGUCUGGCCGACUCCCCUUGCUGAUUUAGAAGUUACUCCUUUUUUCCAUUCCCCUGCAAGAGUUUGGCACAGAACCGCUGCUCCAGACUGCCACGAAGGGGGCGGUUACAUUUCAAGAGAGAGGGCGGUAGCAGCAGUGAGUGAGCGCAGUUCUUUUGAGCACUGUCUGGAGGAAAAGUUCUGCAUAAAGCACAAGUGAUUGUAUUGAUUGAUAUCAGCAGUGCCUUUAUGGAUUAAAAUGUCGAGAGCCUGAAACAAGUUUUUCAUAGCAGAAGCUUGAGAGGAAUAAUUGCCAUAGACUCAUUUAAUUUAGUGAUCAUGACUGAGACAUCAGCUGGUUCUCCUUGCAGAUAUAAACUGAAUGUAGGACAACAUAACUGACUGAGUGCAGAGCCAUUGUAUUUUCACACACGGAAAAUUUUUCCCUUUAUAGUCCUCUAUCCCCAACAUCACAGGCAAAGUAUUUUUAAAUAGAUGCUACAUAAAAUAGAGCACAAAUUUUAAAAAAUUGGACACCCAUUUUCCUCCUGGCUGGUGGACGAUACUUGGAAAAUGACACCUGGUUUUCAUUUGCUUUGGAAUGCAGUGAGAGACUUUGCCUUGAGCUGGAAGCUUGGAACAUCUUUAUAGCCCUCCACUACAUUAAAAAGAUGAUAGGGAAGGAUGCUGAGCAAUAUGAAACAGAGCUCCACAGAAGUCAGAGAAGUUUGCAGACUUCCUCACACUGAAGGACUUGGAUCUGCUUCUGGAUUAUUUAUUCCAAAUGCAACACAUUCAUCAGGACUUCCAAGGAAUAUCUUACCUAUUUCUUCUCUGUUGGAAAUUUACUUGAGAUCUGGAAUUAGUUGUACUUGAAAUCCAAAAUCAGGCAAAGAAUGAGAAAGAGGGGUCUGUCUUUUUGGUAUACAUAGACAAUAUUGAAGCUAAAAGGAAGAGCAUUUACAAAAGACUCAAUUGCCUGAAGCCUGCAUUUACUAAAUGCUGCUUCUGCAGCAAUGGCAAUGGCUAAGCCUCUGCAAUGUUUCUUGUAUAAUGCUUACUUGCUGAGCUAAGGAAUACCAUCCAGAACUGAGGAGUCUUAAUAGAUGGAAUACAACUGUACUUCGGGAUUCAGAUCAUGAGAAGUUAAGGACUAAUCAGAUACUGGCUGCAAGUGGAAAGCUGAUCCAUCUGGAUCUGUUCCCUUUGCACAGGAAAGUUCCCUUUGCACAGCAUGUCCUGGCAGAGUGUUGUGUGGCACAUCCAAGCCUGCAUGGCUCUGUGCACAAAGUGUGUACUGUAAUAAGUUUGCUGAGACUCCAUUUUCUUCAUGUGGGAAAAGCCAAUUCUUUAUUCAUAUCACUUAUUUUGUACAGUUUUCACAGACUUUGUGUGCAACACCUAUUAGCUGGUAGUUUUCUUACUGCUUCAUUUUUUGGUCAGAACAGGAUUUGUGUGUAUGUGCUAAGAUUCAGGUUGUUUACAUUCUUCCUUUAUGGGUUCUCAUGGAGCAGAUCUUAAUGUUUACACAGAUGCAUUUAUUUUUCAACCCCAGAAUUGGUUGUUGUGUUAAGGAACCUUUCGUAUAAGACUGUUUUUUCAUGGGAACUUGCAAAUUGCUUAACUAUACUUAGAAGAGAUGACAGGCUAGCUAUUAAUUUAAUAGAGCAGGCCUGGUUUUAUGAGCCUUUCUUUUAUAAUUCUUCUACCUGUCACAACAGGUGUGCACCUUUUAAAUGCUCCUCUGGCUGG